CCACCAUUAAUUCUGCCCUUCCCUCCACAAUUUCCGAGCUUGCAUUCAUCAUCGUCGAUGGAUCACGCUGAAGAUCCACCCCCAAUUGUAUUUUUCGACGUUGAAACCAUCUACUCCACUUCUGUCAUCGUGGAGUUCGGAGCCAUCUUGGUUUGCCCCAAGACACUUAAGGAGCUCCGACAACCCUACUCCACCUUGGUCCGACCGGCCGACCCCUCCCUCAUCCCCCCAGUCUUCCAGCGUAGCAACGGAAUUAAUCGCGAUGCUCUUGCCGUUGCUCCUACUUUCGCCGACAUCGCCGAUACGGUUUACGAGCUUCUUCAUGAAAGGAUUUGGGCGGGUCAUAACAUCUUAAGAUUCGACUGUGUUCACAUCAGAAAGGCAUUUACUGAGAUGAAUCGGCCACCGCCGGAGCCGAGAGCUAUCAUUGACUCUCUGCCUUUGUUGACUGAAACAUUUGGAAGGAGAGCUGGUGACAUGAGGGCAUCCUUCCUAUGUACGGGGUUAGCUAUAUGA